UUAUUUAUAUGGAUUUUUGAUUAGUUGAUUCCAGGACCAGGCCAUGGGCUAGAUGACAAAAGAGUGUCUGAGAGACCACCAGUAGGGAUGACUUGACACUCUAUCUGCAAGGGUACACAGACGUGCAGUAGAGGUUACAUGGACCGCUACAGGAUCAUGGUGAUUGAUAGAUUUUGCACACUCCUAACUGGUCUUGGAAGACCUGGGAGGCAAGAUAGUAUAGAGUCGGGGGAAAAGCAGGGGCAACUCUCUUGCUCCAAACCCUAUUUCCAGAACCAUGACUUGAAGGUGAGGGUUUUUUUUGGUAACAGUUUUAUUGAGAUGUAAUUCUCAAGUACCAUACAACUUACAACUUACCCAUUUAAAGCAAACAAAUCAGUGGCUUUUAGUGUAUUUACAACUACAAAACCAUCACCACGGGCAAUUUUAGAACAUUUUUGUCCCUCAAAGGAGAUUCCAUACUCUUUAGCUAUCACCUUUCUAUGCUGCUUCAGCCCAUCCUGAACAUUUCAUAAAAAUUGAAUUGUACAUGGUUUUUGUGACUUGCUUCUUUUAUUUAGCAUAUUUUUAAAGUUCAUCCACACUGUAGCAUGAAUUGGGGCUUCAGUACUUUCUGUGACCUAAUAAUAACCACUGUAUGGACAGCCACAUUUUGUUUUGUUUAUCCAUUCACCUGUUGGUGGACACUUGGGUUGUUUACACCUUUUGACUAUUACGAAGAAUGUUGCUAUAAACAUUUGAAUACAAGGUUUUGUGCGAACAUAGGUUUUCAUUCCUAUCACAUGGUAAUGGCCAUGGUAUCUUGGAUGGCUUUCUUAAUCUCUCAGGGCCUUGGUUUUCUCAUCUAUAAAGUAGUAGUGAUAACAGUGUCUCUCCUACAGUGGAUUUGUUAGGAUUGAAUGAGAUAAUGAAUGUAAAGUACUCAGUACAGAGUGUGGAAAACAGACAUCAAUGAUUACUAUAAUUAUUUCUAGUCUGGUACUUACUGUUAGUGAGCUGCCGUUUAUUUUGUUAGUCAUCUACCAGCCCCAUGAAAUGGAGGCAUUUUAGACUCAUGGCUUCUAUCUUGCCCAGGCUAUGGUAUGGCUUGAGACUUUGAAUUGCAAGUCCCCCGUUUCUGGUGUCCCAGGCUCUAGUAAUGGAGUGUCUGAACACUACAAAAAUGGUGUGGCCCUGCAUGAUGACAAUGUCCCUGUCCCCUUUGUCACUUAUUCCAGGCUUGCCCAAGGUCCAGCCUAGCCUCUAGACACCAUGUCAGACAGUGAUCUGGGUGAGGAUGAAGGCCUCCUCUCUCUGGCAGGCAAGAGGAAGCGCAGAGGGAACCUGCCCAAGGAAUCCGUGAGGAUCCUCCGGGACUGGCUGUACCUGCACCGCUACAACGCCUACCCCUCAGAGCAGGAGAAGCUGAGCCUUUCUGGACAGACCAACUUGUCAGUGCUACAGAUAUGUAACUGGUUCAUCAAUGCCAGGCGGCGGCUUCUCCCAGACAUGCUUCGGAAGGACGGCAAAGACCCUAACCAGUUCACCAUUUCCCGCCGCGGUGGGAAGGCCUCAGAUAUGGCCCUCCCUCGUGGUAGCAGCCCCUCAGUGCUGGCUGUGUCUGUACCAACCCCCACCAAUGUGCUCUCCUUGUCCAUGUGCCCCAUGCCACUCCACUCAGGCCAAGGAGAAAAGCCAGCAGCCCCACAAGGGGAGCUGGAACCCCCUAAGCCCCUGGUGACCCCUGGUAGCACACUCACCUUGCUGACCAGGGCUGAAGCCGGAAGCCCAACAGGUGGACUCUUCAACACGCCACCACCCACACCCCCAGAGCAGGACAAGGAGGACUUUAGCAGCUUCCAGCUGCUGGUAGAGGUGGCACUACAGAGGGCUGCUGAGAUGGAGCUUCAGAAGCAACAGGACCCGUCGCCACCGUUACUGCACACUCCCAUCUCCUUAGUCUCUGGAAACCCCCAGUAGGCAUCUGCCGACAGGGGUGCUCAAGGCUUGAGCUGGCUGUCCUUGGUUUCCAUUUUGGUUCCCCCUCACACAGAGGGUUUUCUUUGGAUCACUGCCAAACAUUGGGAUCAUCUCCUCUGUCCAGAGGUCUUCACAGGAAGCUGCCGGCCGAUGUCAGCACACUGGGGUAGGGGCCUUUCCUCUGCUGACUGUGCCGAUUCUCCAGGCCUCCUUAGUGGUGAGACCAAGAGACUGGAGACGGGCAUGGCGCUGCUGCUUCUCCAGAGAGCUCCCAGGCCACCUUGUUCCAGCCUGCUCUCCUGGGCUGGGCACAGGAAAGCUGCCAAGUUCAAGCCUAUCCUGGGUCCAAGCUGCCCCUGAGCCGGGCCUCUUUGGUGAGGCAAGUGUGGACAUUCCAAGUUCCUAAGUGUGAACAAAAGAAAAGAGGAACCAGCAGAUGUAACAGAACCGACUCCAGUUGAAUGUUUAGGUUUUCACCAAACUUUGUGUUUAUUUUUCCCUUUUUGCUGUGGUUUGCAUUAAUGGUAGUAGUUAGUCCAGGUGUGGGAGGGCGAGAGGGCAUUGCGUGAUGAGUUUGAUGAACUGGGAAUGACCCAGCACUGCAACUGGUGAUUGUUUUACAAGGAGUAUUUUUAUUUGGGGGACCAGCUAAAUCUCUGCAAAAUUCCAAAUGGUUGUUUAUUGUUGAUUUGGUUGACCCAAAAAAAAGCAGAGAAAAGUUUUAUGGGCUUUGGCUUUCUGCCUCAGGCACAGAAGGAGAUAAAGCCACAGCCAGAGAGAGGGUCCAAUAGAGAAUCUGACCAAACCUAGGCGCAGCACAGGGAAGGAUGAUAAAACCAGAGGUGUUUUGUUUUUUUAUUUUUAUUUUUACUGUAUGGGGGGGUGGGGGAAGUAAGCUAGACUGAGGCAGUGGGGUUUUUUUUUUCCUCUUUAAUGUUUUCUCCUUCUUUAUCCUUGAAAGCUUUGCCCUGCAGCCUGAGUUUUGAAUUUCUUUCGGAACUUGGAUUACUUGGGCCAGAAUAUCAAAAGCUCCCAUAGCUCCCACUUGGAGAGAAGUGAGCCAUCUACUGGUCAGGAAGCCCUUUUAGCUGACUGACAUGGGCAGCUUUUCCCACGACGGUGGCAGGAAGCUAUUCCUGGAGGAAGCAGAGAAUGGUGCCCCCAGCUGCCUGAGGAACUGCCUUCAGAGGAGGCUGGGGCUGGCAAUCGGUUAAGCCUGUUUUGCUAUGUCUUUGUGUUGCACCUUUCUUUAAAUUGGAGUUGCAGAGGCCUCUGCUCUCAACUUCACAGUGAAACAGAUCAAGGUCUUAUUCUCCCUCCGCCUCCCUGUUUUUUAUUUUGCUGUUUCAGUGCUGACAGCAACACCCCAUCUUCAUACUCUAAGAAACACUAAUCCUAGGUUAUUGUUAGCGGAAAUAUUUUUUAUUCUGAAUGACAUUGUUACUGGGCCAAAAGACAGGUCAGAAACCAGCUUGUAGUUUCCUGAAGCUGUAAGGUUGGGCACAAGGAGAGAGUGUGCCUAGGUUUAUCUGACUUGGGUGGGCCUGGCCAGGAAAAAGGCAGCGACGUGUGCUCUGUCCUUUCUGGGGUGACCCCUGAAGCCUUUAGGGAGUGUCCUGACCACCCAUUGCUGAGGGAGUGGGCAUUGGUUCUUUAAGGAGAGCUUUGCUCUCCACGAGUGAGUGAAUUUCCUAGGUGCUGUCUUUUGCCCCCUUCCACCCUCCUCGCAUGCCCCCGGGGAUCAGGGAACCUCACCCUCCUGAGGCCCAGCUAGGGAACCAGGUGAACAAGCAGCUGCGGUUUGCCCAGCCUCUUCCACCCCACCUGUGUCUGAGUCCCGCUCUUGUGUGACUGUUAACAGACCCUUGUAGCAGGGGACUCGGGAUGUGCAUAGACUAGGGUGCGGUUUUUCCUUCCUACAGUGCACUGAGCAAUGGAGACUGAGGGGUAAGGAGCCAUGCUGCUGAAUUCUGGUUGGCAUUCCCCCCCUGUGCAAGAUGGGGACGCUGGGCAGGGAGGCAUUCUCUGCCUGGUUUGGUUGUGAGGAGGAGAAGCACUGUUAUCCAGUUGAAUUAUUUGAGCAAAAUCUACUGUAAAUAACUUGUUUUUGUCUUUGGUCAAAUAAAGUUGGUUUUGGUUUUG